CAGCUAGCUCAGUUGUGUCAGUCAGCUGAUUGUACAAACAAGGACACUUACACGGGCGUCAGUUUACAUCCACUUAAUACUAAUGUACAGGUAAAACUAGACUUCUCCCAUCUUUAUUCUUCUGAAACAAAUGUAUCACGAUUGCAGUAUGAUUAGUGUCAAUAUUGCUGCUAUUGGUUGCACUAGCUAGGCACCGACCUGAUGCGUCAGGUUACGUAACUAAAGCGUUUGCAAGUUAGCUAUAGUAGCUAACAUUGCAGUAUGUUAGCUACUAUUGCUAACUAUUAAACGCUUUAGUUACGUAACCUGACGCAUCAUGACUGUAUAUACACUACAUGACCAAAAGUAUGUGGACACAUGCUCGUCGAACAUCUCAUUCCAAAAUCAUGGGCAUUAAUAUGGAGUUGGUCCCCCCAUUUGCUGCUAUAACAGCCUCCACUCUUCUGGGAAGGCUUUCCACUAGAUGUUGGAACAUUUCUGCGGGGACUUGCUUCCAUUCAGCCACGAGCAUUAAUGAGGUUGGGCAAAUAGGCCUGGCUCGCAGUCGGCGUUCAAAUUCAUCCUAAAGGCAUUCGAUGGGGUUAAGGUCAGGGCUCUGUGCAGCCCAGUCAAGUUCUUCCACACCGAUCUCAACAAACCAUUUCUUUAUGGACCUCGCUUUGUGCGCUGGGGCAUUGUCAUGCUGAAACAGGAAAGGGCCUUCCCCAAACUGUUUCCACAAAGUUGGAAGCACAGAAUCGUCUAGAAUCUAAUUGUAUGCUGUAGCAUUAGGAUUUCUCUUCACUGGAACUAAGGGGCCUAGCCCGAACCAUGAAAAACAGCCCCAGACCAUUAUUCCUUCUCCACCGAACUUUACAGUUGGCACUAUGCAUUGGGGCAGGUAGCGUUCUCCUGGCAUCUGCCAAACCCAGAUUCGUCCGUCGGACUGCCAGAUAGUGAAGUGUGAUUCAUCACUCCAGAGAACACAUUUCCACUGCUCCAGAGUCCAAUGGCGGCGAGCUUUACACCACUCCAGCCGACGCUUGGCAUUGCACAUGAUGAUCUUAGGCUUGUGAACGCACCAAUUUGUGAGUCGCUCUGGCUAAGAGCGUCUGCUAAAUGACGUUAAUGUGCCCUUGAGCAAGGCACUUAACCCUAAUUGCUCCUGUAAGUCGCUCUGGUUAAGAGCGUCUGCUAAAUGACUAAAAUGGAAUCCCAUUUCAUGAAGCUUCCGAUGAACAGUUCUUGUGCUGACGUUGCUUCCAGAGGCAGUUUGGUCCCGUUCUGUGAGCUUGUGUGGCCUACCACUUCGCGGCUGAGCCGUUGUUGCUCUUAGACGUUUCCACUUCAUAAUAACAGCACAUACAGUUCACCGGGGCAGCUCUAGCAGGGCAGAAAUUUGACGAACUGACUUGUUGGAAAGGUGGCAUCCUAUGACGGUGCCACGUUGAAAGUCAGUGAGCUCUUCAGUAAGGCCAUUCUACUGCCAAUGUUUGUUUAUGGAGAUUGCAAGGCUGUGUGCUCGAUUUUAUACACCUGUCUGCAACGGGUGUGGCUGAAAUAGCCGAAUCCACUAAUUUGAAGGGGUGUACACAUACUUUUGUAUAUAGUGUAUGACCUAACGCGUUCAUGCUUAUUGUUUUUACUAGCUAGCUAGCUAUCUGUCAGCAAUAAUCUGAACCUUGCAAGCCUGGUAGUUAGCUAAAGUAGUCUAUUUCCAAUUGCUAAAAGGCAUUAGCUAUUAAUAUAAUUUCUGUAGCCAGCCGAUCCGACCCGCUUGCUUACAGCUGCACUAGGGGCGGAUAGGUUUCCUGUGUAGAUUAAGACACUGCCGGUGCGAGAUAUGGCCAGGAAAACGUACCUCAAUCCAGGGAUGAGAAAUGCGUUGUACUCCGAAUUGUCCCAUUAUCCCAACUGUUACACCGAGAAGAUUGAACGACUACUCGUUUUUUAGCAGUCGUUUCCUUACAAACCAGAAUGUUUAAUACAAUUACAUUUCAACUUACUCUACUGGUUGUCCUUGUGGUUUGUCCUUAUUUGGGUUGAAAUUUAAGAAUAAUUAUCCAAAGGAAAGUAUUAUUAAACCGACUUUUCAAAACGCUGGUACUGCCAUUGAGAUUUCUACCACCAGGCAGAUGCGCAAAACCACGUAAACACCUGCAAGACUUUCAGUUAGUAUGCAUGCAUCGCGUGCAUGUAUUUCUGUCUUGUGCGCGUGCCGUAGGUGAUGAGUAAACAAACCAUGAUGGCCACACACAGACACUCAUGUUUAAGUCGAGUUAAUAACACUUUCGUGUGGGUAUUUUGUCUCAUAUUUCCAUCCGAAUAAGGACGAAAUCAGCGGACAACAUGUAGAGUAAGAUUCAAAUUAAGUUUGUUCAACAUUCUAACUAGUAAAGGGACUGUUUGGAAUGUUUUAUCGUAUAUGUUAGAGACGAGUGACGAAGGAAAUUCCUCACUCGGAUUCGAAAGGGGCAAAAUGAUAUGCAUCUCAGACUAUCUGGUUUACAUGACACAGGACGUGAUUGCAUUAUUAUUACUGUACAUAUACUCACAAUUCUAUGAAUUUUUAUUGGUUUAUAACUUCUUUCAUCUGCUUCCAGCUGAGAAAAUGAAGAAAAACAAGGGAAAGGUGAACACCACCACUGAGAAGGAGUUUGUGUUUCGGUUCAGGGCAGGGAGGAAUGACUGUGUCCUCAAAGUACCUCUGCAUUUCCCUGUCCAAGAAAAUGUCAGUGACCUUCAUGGACGACUUAUGCUGCUGCACAAAAUACCUUGCUUCGUUGAGAAUGGUGAGACUUCCAUUUAACUAAAUAAAAUGAAACUUUGUCUUUUCUAUUCAUCCACACAUACCUUUUGGUACUAAUAAUUUAAUGUAUAUUGGUUUAGAACUGAAGAGCACACUGUCCACCUUUAUUGAGAGCGAAACCAUCAAGGACUAUGACAAAGAAGCAGAGUUGGCCCUACAGAGACUGACAACAGGAGAGGUGGACAUCAACCAGCUUACAAACACAUGGGCAAAGGCGUACUCGGAGGUAAAAGCAGAACUCAAAACCAAAGACCAUGUUUAGAAGCAUAUUUUCAUAUAAAGUUCUUUGUCCCUAUAGCUUCUAACCCCUUCCCUGCUCCUUUGUCCCUGCUUCUGUCCUCUCGCUUCUUCUCCCACAUUCCUCGCUUCUGUCUGGUAGUAUCCCACACACUGAUUUUUUUCAUUUCCUCAUGUUGUCCACCUCACAUUACAGAAGUGGAUGACACUGUUGUAUGUAUGAGACUACAGUGCAAUCUGUAUUCUUAUGCUAUUUUUUGUAUGGAACAAUCCAAUUAUCUCAAAGAACAGCUAGAGAAGUGUUUGCAUACUGUGCCUCCUGAUAAUAUUAUAAUCUCCAAUGUCUGAGCUGUGGUCAUAGAUCAUUAUAUUGAUACAGAAAGUCAGUAACAGACAGUUGACUGCGCCUUAAGUUCGGAACAAUGUAUCAAAUUAGAUUGGAAAGAUUUGCUAAAAGUUGUUGGGAGUUGCCAAGAUGUAGUGUUUGAAUUUGAUCCACCUCAUCAAUUUUAUACAAGCAAGACCGGCGUCAUCUGUCUGACAGUCUGAAGGAAAUUGUAAAUCAUUAAAACAUCUGUGGUCUGAUGAGAGAUAUUACUAGACAUGGUGGCUUUCAAUUUAAAUGGAUGAAAGCAGAGACUCCCUUUGAAACAGAAUAUCUUCCCAAUUUUUUGUCUUUUAAAGUCAACAAGAUCAUCUGCUUCAUGCACUUCAAAGUUCUAGACUUUAAAUUCUGCUGCCACUUGCUCAAGCACUUGUAAAAAUAAAAAAGGCUGCCCCUCCUAUAAAGCUUGGUUGCUCACUGCUGUGAUGUGUACAGGGUAACCAUUAACAUUUUACUGCACUAGUGCAGAAAUACUCAUGGACGCUGUCCAGUGUAUUUGAAGGAACUCCAAAGGUCUUUUAAUGUAUAUAAUGUUUGUUGCGUAAAGAUCACUGGACUUGUAAUAAUAGAGGAAGACUCUAAAUACUUUUCUAUGUACAUUCUAAAUAUGGCACAAGUACGAGGUCUUUCUCUUAGCUUCCCCUCUAUUACGUUAGUUAAGGAGAAUCGCAUCUUGCUUUUCACACCGUCCAGUCACAAUUGUUGACCGGGUCUUUCAUACAGCACAAUGUCCCUCACUUUUGCAUUUCCUACAAUUUCCUCUGAUCUACUGAACAGUGUCUUCCUGUGAUUUUCCUUUACUGUGAAAAGGUUACGCCCACACCUCAACGCAAUCAUCCUCUUUUCUUGUUACUAUUUAGACCACGUUGGAACAUGCUCGUCCUGAGGAGCCCAGCUGGGACGAGGACUUUGCAGAUGUUUACCAUGAGCUGAUCCACUCCCCGGCCUCUGACACCCUGCUCAACCUGGAACACAACUACUUUGUCAGUGUCUCGGAGCUCAUCAGUGAGAGAGACAUGGAGCUGAAGAAGUUACAAGAGAGGUUGUUAUGAUCAUAGAGAUAAAUCCUCAAGUGCAAAGUGGCCAAUUAAAGUCAUCGUAAUUGAAGUUAGUUUCAUAUAACAAAUGCCUAAAGCGUUUUGCAUUGUUCUGUUUUCAACUCCCAGACAGGCAGCAGAGAUGGACAAAGUCAUGCAGGAGCUGGGAAAGACCAUGACUGACCAGGAUGUAAAUGCAGUUGCAUCUCAACACUUCGAUGCCCAGCAGGUAAGACACAGAACCAUUCAGUUUGGCCAUUUGAGCUACAAGCAUUGCAAUGCUCUAUGCACAAAGCUACACAGUCGUAAAUAUUCAUGAUUGGUGAUUCUUCUCUCUGGUCAGGUGCUGGAGAACAAGUGGGCCAAUGAACUGAAACAGGUGACUCAUAUCCAGAAGCAGGAGUAUCAGGAGUGGGUGAUCAAACUGCACCAGGACAUGCAGAACCCCAAUAACAGCACUAUUAAGUAAGAGUGAGUGUGUGUGGGUAUAUGUGUGUGUUUGCGUGCUUGUGAAUGCAUAUGUGCAGAAAUGUACUCUCAAUAGUUCUUUAGGGGGUUGCAAUUCAGCAGGUUUAUUCUGUUCCUUGAAAUCCUACUAACACUUUCAAGUCUUACGGUGAAGCAAAAUUGGUUAAAUCAAGAUAAUGAGUAGUCGAGUCAGGUGGUUAAGUGCUUGGACGGGAAAGAAAGCCUGCAGACACAGUGGAAUGACAUCUGCACACACAGCAGCACUUUCAAAUGCACGCUCAAGAGCAUCCUAGCUGAAAAAAAUAUAUUUGUUAUAUAUGGUUUACUCGUUUUUAUAAAAAAAAAUAUAUACUUUUUUUUUACAUUUAGCAGACGCUCUUAUCCAGAGCGACUUACAGGAGCAAUUAGGGUUAAGUGCCUUGCUCAAGGGCACAUCGACAGAUUUUUCACCUAGUCGGCUCGGGGAUUAGAACCAGCGACCUUUCGGUUACUGGCACAACGCUCUUAACCACUAAGCUACCUGCCGCCCCUUUUAUGUGCAGUUCGUCAGUCCCAAUGCACCUCAUCUGGGGUUAGUUUGUAGCCCUGUGUCCACUCAUCUUCCAGCCUGGUCACAGAUCUGUUUGUGCUGUUUAGCCAACUUCUAUGCUCAUUGGCGUGGGCAAGACGGCACAAACAGGUCUGGGACAAGGCUAGACAUCUUGUGAACCCUGCCCUUUACAGUGUGAGGUUGUGUUUGUCAGUGAGGAGAUCAAGGUGCAGCCCAGCCAACUGACAGUGGAGUCUGAGCCUGGGGCCAGGCUGUACGAGGAGCAGCGACAGCUGGAGGAGAGCUUCACUAUCCACUUAGGUACUAUACUGUCUGUCUGUGUCCCCAUGGAAGCACUGCUGCCUGGUCCGACAAGCCCAUGAUAAAAAUAAACCCUGAUGACAGCCACUGGAUUUAUAAUGAACUUCCUGACAUCGUAAACUAUAAAGACAUCCCAUACGUGUUAAGAGUAUAUUUUUGUUUGUUUUUGAUGUAUUUUGACGGUGUCAUUGCUGUGGUUUUGUCCAGGUGCACAGCUGAAGACCAUGCACAACCUGCGGCUGAUGCGGGCGGACGUGCUGGACUUCUGUAAGCACCGUCGGCAUGGUAGCAGCGGGACCAAGCUGCGGCGGCUGCAGACUGCUCUGUCACUCUACUCCUCGGCCCUGUGUGGCCUGGUGCUGCUGGUGGACAACAGGGUCAACUCCUAUAGUGGCAUCAAGAGAGGUGAGAGGUCAGGGGCCAAGGGUCAACAUUAAGCAGGGGACCACACUGUUAGGCCCUGUUAGUUACAUGAGAGGAUAAAGCACAUUUAUCAUCAGUGAAUCAAUUCAAUCUUUCUUAUUGUCAUGACCACAUUUGAAGAUGUUUGGCUUUGGCUUGAUGACACCAGUGAGUUAGAUGUUUUAGCAUGACGAUAGCUCAUAAAGGUUUUGUCACAGUCAACAUACGCCAACCCCUAAACCUCCAUAACCAUUGUGAGAUUGUAAUGUGUCCUCAUCAUGUGUUUGUGUGUGUUCCCCAGACUUUGCCACAGUAUCUAAGGAGUGUACAGACUUCCACUUCCCUCGGCUGGAGGAGCAGCUGGAGGUGGUCCAGCAGGUGGUGCUUUAUGCCCGGGCUCAGAGGAGCAGCAAGCACAAAGUCCAGCCGGGUGAGUCAGUCAUACACACCAACAGGGGUGAAAAUUAUUGCCACCCCUGUUUUCAAUAGCUUUCAACACCUCCCCUUGCGAGGAUAGCGGCACUGAGCCUUUUUCUAACUGUUUCAUGAGAUUGGAGAACACAUUGGGAGGGAUGUUAGACCAUUCCUCAUACAGAAUCUUUCCAGAUCCUUGAUAUCCUUUGUGUGCGUUUAUGGACUGCCCUCUUCAAUGAAAACAACAGGUUUUCAAUGGGGUUCAAGUCCGGAAACUGAGAUGGCGAUAGUAGAAUGUACAUUUUUUCGUGGUCAAUUAACCAUUUCUUUGUGGAUUUUAAUGUGUGCUUGAGGUUAUUGUCUUCCUGGAAGAUCCACUUGCGGCCAAGUUUCAGCCUCCUGGCAGAGGCAACCAGGUUUUUGGCUAAAAUGUCCUGCUACUGGGUAAAGUUUAUGAUGCCGUUGACCUUAAAGGUCCAAUGUGGCCGUUUUUAUCUCUAUCAAAUCAUUCCUGGGUAACAAUUUAAUGUCCUUACUGUGAUUGGUCUGAGUGGGGAGGGUGAAAACAGAAAAUUAGCUGUUAUUGGCAGAGCAGUUUGGAACACUCUUGCUUAUUGGUCUAUUAACAAAUUUACCACACUAAAAGGGCAUUAUAAUUUUCACGAUUUCACAGUAUUAUUCCAACCUCAUAGUGUGGAAAUACACUACAUGACCAAAAGUAUGUGGACACCUGCUCGUCGAACAUCUCAUUCCAAAAUCAUGGGCAUUAAUAUGGAGUUGGUCCCCCCUUUGCUGCUAUAACAGCCUCCACUCUUCUGGGAAGGCUUUCCACUAGAUGUUGGAACAUUUCUGCGGGGACUUGCUUCCAUUCAGCCACGAGCAUUAAUGAGGUCGGGUGAUUAGGCCUGGCUCGCAGUCGGCGUUCCAAUUCAUCCCAAAGGUGUUCGAUGGCGUUUAGGUCAGCUCUCUAUGCAGGCCCGUCAAGUUCUUCCACACCGAUCUCGACAAACCAUUUCUGUAUGGACCUCGCUUUGUGUGCCGGGGCAUUGCCAUGCUGAAACAGGAAAGGGCCAUCCCCAAACUGUUGCCACAAAGUUGGAAGCACAGAAUCGUCUAGAAUGUCAUUGUAUGCUGUAGCAUUAAGAUUUCCCUUCACUGGAACUAAGGGGCCUAGCCCGAACCAUGAAAAGUCCUCCAACACCAAACUUUACAGUUGGCAGAUAGCAUUCUCCUGGCAUCCACCAAACCCAGAUUCGUCCGUCAGUCUGCCAGAUGUUGAAGCGUGAUUCAUCACUCUAGAGAACGCGUUUCCACUGCUCCAGAGUCCAAUGGCGGCAAGCUUUACACCACUCCAGUCGACACUUGGCAUUGCACAUGGGGUGAUCUUAGGCUUGUGUGCGGCUGCUCUGCCACGGAAACCCAUUUCAUGAAGCUCCCGACGAACAGUUAUUGUGCUGAUGCUGCUUCCAGAGGCAGUUUGGAACUCGGUAAUGAGUGUUGCAACCGUGGACAGAUGAUUUCUACGCGCUUCAGCACUCGGCGGUCCUGUUCUGUGAGCUUGUGUGGCCUACCAUUUCGCGGCUGAGCCGUUGUUGCUCCUAGACGUUUCCACUUCACAAUAACAGCACCUACAGUUGACCGGGGCACCUCUAGCAGGGCAGAAGUUUGACAAAUUGACUUGUUGGAAAGGUGGCAUCCUAUGACGGUGCCACAAUGAAAUUGCAUGAUUGUGUGCUCGAUUUUAUACACCUGUCAGCAACGGGUGUGGCUGAAAUAGUCAAAUCCACUAAUUUAAAGGGGUGUCCACAUACUUUUGUGUGUAUAUAUAAAACACAAGAAAAUCACGUUUUUGACUGCACUGGGCCUUUAACAAGGGCCCCAGGACCAAUGUCAAGAUCCUUAUAACAAUCCCCAUUGAGUGGCUGUUUGAGUGGAGAGCUAUCAGAGAGCUGAGUAUGGAAACAUUCCUCCUGGCUAUCAGGCCUUAUAUGGAUGGGCCUAUGACCUCUGUUGUUGCUAUUGUCAUUUACUUCCUGAAAGGUCAUCUUUGCUCACACGUUUUCCAUUACAGGAAAUUCUGAACUCCUCUCUUGUUUUCCUAUUGACAGAGGUUCCUAGGAAUGGAACUAAUAGUGAAGAUAAGAACAAAAAUUUGGAAAGGAAUCCCUCCAAUAUCUUACCAGGUAAAGUUGACUGAAUACAUGGUUUUACCUAAUUCUGUAAGGGACAAAUCCUGACUUUGUGCAUUGUGAACAUUUAACUUAAAGAUGCACUAUGCAGAAAUUCACUCCGCCAUUUCCUGGUUGCUAAAAUUCUAAUAGUUUGCCUAAUUUCAGUUCCCGGGCUGUGUCGCAGCCGGCCGCAACCGGGAGACCCAUGAGGCGACGCACAAUUGGCCCAGCGUCGUCCGGGUUAGGGUAGGGUUUGGCCGGCCGGGAUGUCCUUGUCCCAUCGCGCUCUAGCUACUCCUGUGGCGGGCUGGGCACAUGCACGCUGACACGGACCCAGUUGUACGGUGUUUCCUCCAACACAUUGGUGCGGCUGGCUUCCGUGUUAAGCGAGCAGUGUGUCAAGAAGCAGUGUGGCUUGGCAGGGUUGUGUUUCGGCGGAAGCAUGGCUCUCGACCUUCGCCUCUCCGUACGGGAGAUGCAGCGAUGGGACAAGACUGUAACUACCAAUUGGCUAUCACUAAAAUUGAGGAGAAAAAGGGGUAAAAUAAUAUAUUUAAAAUAAAGAAAUAGGCUGUCAUUUCUAAUACCUUAUCUUACUCCCUAAAUGCUCUUGUCUUUGUCUCCAGGUGAAUUCUACAUCUCCCGCCACUCCAACCUGUCUGAGGUCCACAUAGUGUUCCACCUCUGUGUGGAUGACAACGUGCGCUCAGGCAACAUCACGGCCCGGGACCCUGCCAUCAUGGGCCUCCGCAACAUCCUCAAGGUCUGCUGCACUCACGACGUCACCACCAUCACCAUCCCUCUGCUACUGGUCCACGACAUGUCAGAGGUGAGAGAGAGCCUUAUGUUAUGUGUGUAAAAGCAGAAAGUAAUUUAUAUAAUUUACCUCAAGGUCCCAGAAGUCAGAUGCGUAAUGCAUGGACAGUAUAGUAUAGUUAUACAUAUGCUAUGCAUGCAUAACUGGUGCUGUGGGACUUGAGUUUAUCUAAGUUCAGGUCACCAGCAGUUACCAUUAUUCUACAUUUUGCUUUGUUAUGAACACCAAUCAAAAUAAUUUUGGGGUCCACAAUGUUGGCAAUGGUGAUGUGAAGAGCUUCGAUAACUUAUUAGUUAACUGUACAGAUAUAGUUUUUUUGUAAACCCAGUGAUCUGAACUGACCACUCCUAGUUCCUUGGUUAGAUGGUUAGUGGGGGAAGGAGAAAAGGAUGAAAAAUAGACUGAGGAAGAAGGAAAGGCGGAGUAAUGACGGUCUUAUUUCAGGCCUUAGGAACUGAUUUGUCUUUAAGUUCCGCCAUGCCCCUCCUGGCCUGCAGUUAAACAGUGCUGCAGACCUGGGUUCAAAUACUAUUUCAAAUAUCUCAAUUGCUUUCAGAAACAUUUCGAAGUAAGUAUUCAGAUUUUUUAAAAAUCUGAAAAGACAAGUAGUUGAAUAUUGGAAUCCAUUUGAAAUACACUUAAAGUAUUGGCAUGUAUUUGAAAAGACUCAAAUACACUUCCAUGCAUUUAACCCAGGUAUUUGAAAAAAGUAUUUGAAAAUUAUUUUAAAUUACUUUCAAAUACUUCCAAUAGAAGUAGUUGAUUUGGGCCACAUUAUUUGAAAAUACUCAAAUACACAGAAAAUAAGUAUUUCAAUAACAAAUAAUCAAAUACACAUGUAUUUGAACCCAGGUCUGCAGUGCUGUGGGCUUCAGUCUGUUGUCUCCAUUCACAGUGUCAUCCUAACAUGUUCCUACCCUCCCCGAUGCCACAUUCACAAGCCUUUGAUACUGUCUCAUUUCUACCUCCUCCGCCAUGUCUCUCUGCUUGUUUGUUCAGUGCAACCUCCGCAGUGUUCUGGCCUGUUCAGCUCUGGUUGUGAACUCUCCUUAGCAUUUCCUCCAUUCAGGAGUAGAUGAGGGAAAAGAGGAGGGUCGUGAACUGUUGUGUUUACUCAAACUGAGUAUACAGCACUCGGUACGCACAGAGCAGGGUAGCGGUAGUAUUGAAAGGCAGCAACACUCCUAAGUCCACAUGAGCAACCCAGAAUUGAAGAACAGCCAUUUCUCAACAAGCUGCUGCCUGAUGUAGACCUCCUCACUGCGGUGCAGAGAGGGCCCUCUCCUUAUCGUGCCACAACAUGCCUGAUGAAACGUCUUCUCUCAAGUCAAAGCAAGAGCUUGCUCAGAAAUGUACUCCGUAUAGUAUUCUCACUUCCGAAGCUGCAGGAACCAGUCUCUUUCUAAAUUAAAAGCAUUUCUGUCAGGAGUCUUCUUUUCCAGUGCUUUCUGAGGAAAUUGUACUUUUGCCCAGCUCAGUUUCAAAGGAACCAUAGAAAGCAGUGAGAAAACAUUCCUUUUCUUCUUUAUGAAAAUAUGCGUUUUGACAAUGUCAGGCAGGCAGAAGAGAAGGGAACAGUGAGGGGUGACCGAGGAUAAGUGUGUUCCACCAUCCUGUGGCCUGACUGACUCCUCUUAUUCUCUCACCUGCAGGAGAUGACCAUCCCAUGGUGCCUGAAGAGGGCCGAGCUGGUCUUCAAAUGUGUCAAAGGUGAGAGAGUAAGACGCACUAGUGGAAUUUUCCUCUUUUGUGUCACCCCUGAGACCUCUCUGUCCUGACUUAAGAUGUUUCCCUCUGCAGGUUUCAUGAUGGAGAUGGCAUCGUGGGACGGAGGGAUCUCACGGACAGUCCAGUUUCUAGUUCCACAGGUAACAAGAAGUCUGCUGCUAAACUGGCCAGAACCUUAAUGACUCAGACCUAGCAUGCACUGUAUUGAAGAAUAUAUACUUUUAGUGAUAUUAUUGAGGUUUAUAACUGUAUUAUUAGAGUUGAAUGUACACACCCAGACAGGUUAGAGGUCUCUGUCAGGUCUCAGAUGAAAAGAACAUCAAAGCAACCAGUCAGUAUUCAGGGCUGAUUACUCUGAGUUGAUAAAGUGUUGCCUGCGAAAUAUGAUUUAGUGAAGCCACAGAAUGAACCCUAUUUGAAGAGCAAACAAGUACUUGAGGAGAAAGUUAUUGUCGUAUGUUUCAAAACAGGAAUUUGGACCCACAUUGGAGUUGGCGCUAUUGCUUUAUCUCAGACAUUCAGUGUCCAACAAUAGUACCCCUGAACAGUAUGUCUCACAAAGGCACACCUGGUCUUGCAUACUCUCCAAAUACACUAUAGUGUACACUGUGUACCUACAUUCAAUCUACCAUUGCAAAAAAGUAUGUACUUUUAGACUCAGUCUACAAUGUCACUGUUUGAUGAAUAUGAUUAUGAUGUGCCAUUGGAACACAGGACUGAUGGUUGCUGAUAAUGGGCCUCUGUACGCCUAUUUAGAUAUACACACACUACCAGUCAAAGGUUUGGGCACACCUACUCAUUCAAGGGUUUUUCUUUAUUUUUACUAUUUUCUACAUUGUAGAAUAAUAGUGAAGACAUCAAAACUAUGAAAUAACACAUAUGGAAUCAUGUAAAAUAAAUGUUAUAUUUGAGAUUCUUCAAAUAGCUACCCUUUGCCUUGAUGAUAGCUUUGCACACUCUUGGCAUUCUCUCAACCAGCUUCACCUGGAAUGCUUUUCCAACAGUCUUGAAGGAGUUCCCACAUAUGCUGAGCACUUGUUGGCUGCUUUUCCUUCACUCUGCUGUCCGACUCAUCCCAAACCAUCUCAAUUGGGUUGAGGUUGGGGGAUUGUGGAGGCCAGGUCAUCUGAUGCAGCACUCCAUCACUCUCCUUCUUGGUAAAAUAGCCCUUACACAGCCUGGAGGUGUGUUGGGUUAUUGUCCUGUUGAAAAACAAAUGAUAGUCGCACUAAGCCCAAACCAGAUGGGAUGGCGUGGCGUAUCGCUGCAGAAUGCUGUGGUAGCCAUGUUGGUUAAGUGUGGCUUGAAUUCUAAAUAAAUCGCAGACAGUGUCACCAGCAAAGCACCCCCACACCAUCACACAUCCUCCUCCAUGCUUUACGGUGGGAACUACACAUGCAGAGAUCAUCCGUUCACCCACACCACGUGUCUCACAAAGACACAGCGGUUUGAACAAAAAAUCUCCAAUUUGGACUCCAGACCAAAGGACACAUUUCCACCGGUCUAAUGCUCAUUGCUCGUUUUUCUUGGCCCAAGCAGGUCUCUUCUUCUUAUUGGUGUCCUUUAGUAGUGGUUUCUUUGCAGCAAUUCGACCAUGAAGGCCUGAUUCACACAGUCCCCUCUGAACAGUUUGUGUUGAGAUGUGUCUGUUACUUCGCCUCUGUGAAGCAUUUAUUUGGCCUGCAAUUUCUGAGGCUGGAACUCUAAUGAACUUAUCCUCUGCAGCAGAGGUAACUCUGGGUCUUCCAUUCCUGUGGCGGUCCUCAUGGGAGCUAGUUUCAUCAUAGUGCUUGAUGGUUUUUGCGACUGCACUUGAAGAAACUUUCAAAGUAUUGACUGACCUUCAUGUCUUAAAGUAAUGAUGGACUGUCGUUUCUCUUUGCUAAUUUGAGCUGUUCUUGCCAUAAUAUGGACUUGGUCUUUUACCAAAUAGGGCUAUCUUCUGUAUACUGCCCCUACCUUGUCACAACACAACUCAUUGGCUCUAAUGCAUUAAGAAUGAAAGAAAUUCCACAAAUUAACCUUUAACAAGGCACACUUGUUAAUUGAAAUGCAUUCCAGGUGACUACCUCAUGAAGCUGGUUGAGAGAAUGCCAAGAGUGUGCAAAGGGUGGCUACUUUGAAGAAUCUAAAAUAUAACAUCUAUUUUGAUUUGUUUAAUACUUUUUAGUUUACUACAUGAUUCCAUAUGUGUUAUUUAUUUCAUCGUUUUGAUGUCUUCACUAUUAUUCUACAAUGUAGAAAAUAGUAAAAAUAAAGAAAAACCCUUGAAGGUGUGUCCAAACCUUUGACUGGUACUGUAGAUAACUUGUUUUGGGGAGAGCUCUUAUUUCUCUAUAGAACCAUUCCCUUUAUUAAUGUGGCUCUGUUACAGGUUAGUUAUAUAAGUAUUGUUAUAGGCAUGAGUGAGGUUCCCUGUAGACUGGGUCGCCUAUAGUAUGAUUACAUGUUGACAGGCUCAGGGGAUAAAACCAGCAUCAAGGGUUAUAACAGCAUUUACGUCUGCCAGUCUUAUGCUCCGACACCAUUCAAAUUAGAACCUCAUUUUCUACUCCUCAAACAGGGCACGUACUGUAUGCAUAAAAAUAUGAAUGCUGUGAGUGGAGACAUUUAAUACUUUAAAUGCUUAUUAGAAGGCCUGUUAGUGUUGUGACCUAACAUGUUCCCAAUGAAAGCCACAGCUGUCAGAGCACACAUAAUUACAGCAUCUUGACUGGUCCCACAAGAAAUGGGACACCGUGCUAAAGGUGGCGUUGAGCUAAAGGUCCCUGCUUAGGUUGUCGUUAACACUUGUACACAAACAAACCCAAAAAAAAAAAUGUGAAUUUGUAUGUUAAGAAUUUCCCCCUAGGAGAUGUUGUGUAUGUAAGCCGUUUGUGUCCAUGUUGGCUACUCAGUUGGAAAGACAUCCGUUCCCUGCGUGCCCACUGCUCACUAAGCAUUGCUGUCUGUCUGUGUUUUAUUGACAGAGUAUCUCGGAUGAGAUGUUCUACCAGUUGAGCAACAUGCUGCCUCAGAUCUUCCGCGUCUCCUCCACCCUCACGCUCACCUCCAAACGCUGACGGAGACACAGGACCAAUCACAUUGGCUUGGCAACUGUCAACACUGAGUUCCAGCAAAUAGAUAAAUAAAAUAAAUAGUUGCAUUUCACAGGGGUUAGUGUGAUGGAUGACUUUAGAGCUUCCUGUCACAAGUGAUUAUCGACCCCUGCGUAAUUAGCAUUGUAAGGCAAGGCGAUAUCAUUUUGGCCCAUCUUCCCAAAAAUAUGGAUUGUGUUGUUGCCCGAGACGAGCAUUAUGCAGUUUUUGUGCAUUGCUGUGAAUUAUAGUAAGGACUGUCAUUAUUCCUCUCCACUCCAGUAACAGCAGAGGGCACUGUUCUCAGAGACAAAGACCCCUACUCUCUCAUAGAUGUUUAAUCUACUGUGUGCCUAAACAUGGACUUUAUUAACUUUUAUUAUGAAACUGACAAUUGGCAUUAAAGUUGCACCCUAUUGAGCAUACACAAGUUCAGCCCUUAAACUUUUCGAUGUGGCAUUCCAAUUAACUCAUUCCAAUUUACUCUGUGUUUACACCUAUAUCUGUGCUAUAUGGUUUUAGUAGAAAUGUAUGUAAGGAGUGUUGAAACUGUUUCAAGGAGAAUGACAGGCUGUGUAUAGUCACAAACUUACAUUACUGAUCUAAUGUGAAUCUCAUCUCUGUGAAAUGUUUCAGAUUUUACAUGUAUUUAUAUUUUUUUACUUGGGCUUGAAGCACUGGAGUAUAGCCUACUCCAAAUUGCAGUUUCUGCACAAUUUUAAAAACUGUUUAUGAAUAAUCCACGAUUGGCUAAUCUCCCUGAAGCUAAUAUGACAUAGUAAUUGCAUUCCAUUUCUGCUUGGAUUAAGUCAUUGGAUGAAAUUAUUAUUAUUGUCAGACAUUUGCCUGCCAUGAUGAUCAGUGUCAGUAUUGAGAUGAUUAAACAGAUCAAGUGCACCAAUCAAAACAGUGUCUUUUUUCAAGUGAAAAACAGAUGGCUGUUGGCAUUCUCCUCCGAGCUCCCAAGUCGGUGUUGUGUUAAAACUUGCCGCACUGUUUAUACCGUACUGCAGUGGUGAGAACCCGGAAAACGCUACAGAAAUGUGUUACUGAAUGCCUUGCAUUCUUGGCAUUGGUCUCGGUGGCCUUAAGUGUUGGGUUCCCUGGGGCAGAGGGACCAUGGUGCCGACUCAGCAGCAUCAUGCACCGGCCGGACCCUGUGUCUGUCCUUCGUCCUCCCUGGUGUUGUGUGCAGCCAGGCAGCCUGGACUUCAGAGCCACGCACACAGGCCUUCUGACGAGGACAGCAAAUUCCUGGAACAACUGACCUCCUAGGGGGCUGAUCGGUUCCUGGGUUCAGGUACACAACUAGCCCUAUGU